GUUAGACACUCAGAACUUCACUUGUUGAUGGACACUAACAACAUUUAAUAAUGGCAUUGAUUGCAUGGCUCUACUUACUGAUGAGUUUGAUAGCUGGAUGUGACUGCUAUAACGAAAACCAGACAUGUAAAACCAUCUGGAUGCCACGUAAAUUUCCCUGUGAUGUAACCGAGUGUGGAUCUAAUGUCACGUUUGAUUGUUCAAUGCGACAUCUGAAGAACAUAUCUGCCGUUUCAGACCACAUAUUUCCGAACGCAACUGAGCUGAAUUUGACAGAAAAUGCCAUUCCACUAAUUUCACAAGAUGCAUUCUCAAAGCUGUUCAACCUUACUGUGCUGGAUCUCAGAUGGGUCAACAGAAAUAAAAAAGUGAUCAUUCAUAAAAAAGCAUUCAUGAAGCUGACUAAUCUUCAAAUCCUGAGACUCAGUGGUAUUCAACUCCAAAAUAUACCAACACACUUGCCAGUCAGUCUGCAAAUCCUUGAGCUUAGUGAAAAUCACAUUGUGAGUCUGGACCGACAACAACUCUCUGCCGUGGAAAACAUCACAAAACUAUGGCUACCCAAAAACUGCUUCAGCGACAAUCCAUGUGACACUUCUUUCAAAAUCACAGACGAUGCUUUUGAAAACAUGACAAAGUUGGAGCAUUUAGAUUUGGCCUUAAAUAAUUUAACCCAUGUUCCUAAAAAUCUACCCAGCUCUCUUUUGAAAUUAAACUUGGAGACAAACCGCAUAGAGUAUAUAUCAAAGGAUGAUUUUCAAGGACUACAUAAUUUAACACAUCUAUUGAUACAAGGAAACUGCCCACGGUGCAGUAAUGCUCCAUAUCCUUGUGUCCCUUGCCAAAACACUACUCUUCGAAUUGAUGAUCAUGCGUUCAGUGACCUUACAAAGCUGAACACACUUAACAUGGGAGGAAACUCUCUUAAAUAUUUGAGCCCUUUUUGGUUCCAAAACAUGACAAAUCUCAAAACACUUCUGCUACCAUUUAAUCUCCUAAUCACAGCAAUUACUGGGAAACAACCGUGGUUAAAAUGCCUUCCAAAACUAGAAAAACUAGAUCUCUCAUUUAAUUACGGGUUGAAGUCAUAUCCUAAAACAGUGAAUCUCUCUGAGGAUUUUGUCUAUCUUAAGUCACUUGUUAAUUUACAUUUGGAAGCAGUGGUUUUUAAAUUCAUUUAUGCUCAAAGCCUCAAACCUUUAUAUCAACUCAAAAACCUCUCCUCCUUAAACUUGGGAACUAACUUUAUAAUUCAAAUUGCCCCCGAUGUUUUCAAGAAUUUCUCACCGCUGAAAUUGAUAUUACUUUCUGAAAACAGACUGUAUCCAAUUUCUGUGGAGAAUGCUCCACAUUCAAAUACACAAUAUUAUCAAAAGCAUAACAGCAUUUCCAUUUCACCCCUCACUAGAAGAUUUCCAGACUAUAAGGUUCAUAGACAUGUCAAGGAGGAAUGCUAUAAUGCCGGGAAUGUUCUGGUUCUAAGUAGAAACAAUCUUUUCUUUAUUUCUGAGGAACAGUUCAAAGGUUACAAAGACAUUGCAUGCUUGAACCUCUCACAUAAUGGAUUUUCUGUGGCACUUAAUGGGACUGAAUUCUCCCCGUUGCCCAACCUAACCUACCUGGAUUUGUCUUUCAAUAAAAUUGAUCUGGCUUACAACUGGGCAUUCAAAGACCUGCCAAAACUAGAAGUACUAGAUAUUAGCUACAACUCUCAUUACUUUGAAGCAGUUGGAAUCACACAUAAUUUGAACUUCACACUAAACCUGCCAGUUUUGCGAGUUUUAAAUAUGAGUUACAACAACCUUAAUGCAUUAACCACAAAAGAGAUACAUAGCAAAUCAUUAUCAGAACUACAGUUUCAACAAAAUAAUCUCGGGGAGCUUUGGAGAGACAAAGCCUAUUUUAAUAUUUUCACUCAUCUGACUAAUUUGAGCGUAUUGGACAUAUCAUACAAUAACAUUAAACAGAUUCCUCAGAAAAUGCAUAAAAAAUUCCCACAAAGCCUUACACACCUAAUCAUCAGCCACAAUUUACUUCCAUAUUUUGAAUGGAACAUGCUUAAACCUUUUCACAAACUUCAAGUAUUAAACCUAAGUCACAAUUCUUUAUCCAAGUUGACAUUCAAAUCCGACAAUGCUCCUUCACUGAAAGUGCUUGACCUUAGCUACAAUCACAUCAUGAAACUGGAAGAUCGGCUUUUAACCGUUGGGGCUAAACUUAAUACUCUUUAUCUGAACAAUAACAAGUUAACUAUAAUCAACCAAUCAUCGUUUGCUUCCGAUCUACGAAGUGAGAUGGAAACGUUGUACAUUGAUAAUAACCCUUUUCAAUGCACUUGUGAUUCAUUAGAUUUUAUUUUGUGGUUGGAACGUAGUACUAUAAAAAUACCCCAGCUGACUACUAAUGUGAAGUGUGCCACGCCGAGGAUGCCAAAACGUCCACUUUUAAUUUAUUUUGACGUUCAGCAAUGUGUAAAUGACAUUGAGGCUUUUAAUUUCUAUAUUGUCACAAGCUCCUUUAUUUUUGUUUUCAUGUUUGUGACCAUGGCCGCCCAUCUGUUAUACUGGGAUGCAUUCUACAUUUUCUAUCUUUUAAAAGCAAAACUCAAAGGAUACAGCCCUCUCCACUCAACUCAAAAUGCUUACGACGCUUUUGUAGCUUACGACACCAGAGACCCAUAUGUGUCUGAAUGGGUGAUGGAGAAACUUGUGGUGAAACUGGAGGGGGAGGAACAGAAGUCCCAUCCUUUGUGCUUGGAGGAGCGGGACUGGUUUCCGGGAACGCCCCUUCUGGACAACCUAAGUCACAGCGUCAGGAACAGUCGUAAAACACUUUUUGUUUUAACAGAGGACUAUGUGAAGUCUGGUAUGUUCAAGAUGACCAUGUAUCUCGCUCACCAAAGACUGCUGGAGGAGAAUGUUGAUGUUAUAUUGGUUUUGAUGCUGGAACCAGUUUUGCAGCAUUCACAUUUCCUGCGCCUGAGGAAAAGGCUGUGUGACAAAAGCGUCCUAGUGUGGCCCAAAACUGCAGCAGCCCAGUCCUGGUUUUGGCAGAACCUGAAAAACAUAAUCAAAGUGGACAAUGAGUGUCUGUACAACAAAACAUACAUUAACUAUUUCACCAGCAAAUAGUGUGUUUGGAGUAUGACACACAAUUUGUACACAG